CCGCCUGCCCCGCCCUCCCCGUCGGAUCCGCCCUCCCCGCCGGCUCCGCCCUCCCCUUCGGCCCCGCCCUCCCCGCCGUGGCCUUUGCGCGCCCCGCCCCGCGUCCAGUGCAGCCAGCAGCGGAGACCUGGGCUUCCCCGGGUCGCAUCGGCGCCCCCUGCAGGCCGCGGCGGACACGGCAGCCGGAAGAGCCGGAGCUCCUGCCACCGUGUCCGCGCCGCUGCCGCCGCCGCCGCCGCCACCGCCGCCGAGCUCCGCGGGGCCCCGAUUGCAGCCGAACGACCUCGGAGCCGCCCGCCGCGGCCCCGCACCCUCCGAUCAGAGCCGCCGCGCCUUCCGCCCGGCCCCCGCCCUCCGCUCCUCGCCCGGGCCCGCCCGCACCGGCCUUCACUCUGGAGCGGCCCGGGCAGCCGCAGCAGGGGCGGCGGCGGCGCAUCGAGGAGCUCUCCAGGUCGUCCCGGGAGAGGCUGCUGCAGUCCCGGGACAAGAUGUUCUCCAAGCUCACGUCCAUCCUGCAGCAUGCCGUGGAGGCGCUUGCACCAUCUCUUCCGUUACAAGAAGAUUUUGUUUAUCACUGGAAGGCAAUUACCCAUUACUACAUAGAAACUUCAGAUGAUAAAGCCCCAGUGACUGACACAAACAUCCCAUCCCACCUGGAGCAGAUGUUAGACAUACUGGUCCAAGAAGAAAAUGAGCGGGAAUCUGGAGAGACAGGGCCAUGCAUGGAAUACCUGCUCCAUCACAAGAUCUUGGAAACAUUAUACACCUUAGGGAAAGCCGAUUGUCCUCCAGGAAUGAAGCAGCAGGUUCUGGUAUUCUACACCAAGCUUCUGGGAAGGAUCCGGCAGCCCCUGCUUCCACACAUCAACGUACACAGGCCUGUGCAGAAAUUAAUUCGACUUUGUGGUGAGGUCCUUGCAACACCAACGGAGAAUGAAGAGAUCCAGUUUCUCUGCAUCGUGUGCGCAAAGCUGAAACAGGAUCCCUACUUGGUCAACUUUUUCCUGGAGAACAAAUCGAAGUCCCACAUGUCCAGAGGAGCUCUGAGUGUCAUCUCAGAGGAUGGCCCAAAAGGUCAGGACACCGCAUCAGGAGACGUCAGCCAGUGCCACCAGCCCCAGGAGCUGUCAGGUGCCACUGGGGUGAAGCACACGGAGUCGGAGGAUGAGCCCCCUCACCAGAUGGAUGACCUGUCUGCAAGUCUGGAUGACCUCAACGUCACCUCACUGCCAGAGGUCUCUGCCGUCCGGCCAAACCAGGACUACAACUUAGUGAAUUCUUUGUUAAACCUGACAAGAAGCCCUGACGGCCGGAUAGCUGUGAAAGCGUGCGAGGGCUUAAUGCUCUUGGUGAGCCUGCCGGAGCCUGCGGCUGCCAAGUGCCUUGCUCAGAGCACCUGCUUGUGCGAGCUGCUGACCGGCAGACUCACCUCUCUGUACAAGGCCCUACCUCAGUCAGUGGAUCCCUUAGACAUUGAAACGGUGGAGGCAGUUAACUGGGGGUUGGACUCAUACAGCCAUAAAGAAGAUGCAUCAGCAUUCCCGGGGAAGCGGGCCUUAAUUUCAUUUCUUUCCUGGUUUGAUUACUGUGAUCAGCUCAUCAAGGAGGCACAAAAGACUGCUGCUGUUGCUCUUGCCAAAGCCAUCCAUGAAAGGUUCUUCGUUGGUGUCAUGGAACCCCAGCUGAUGCAGACCUCUGAGAUGGGGAUUCUGACAUCGACAGCCUUGCUGCACCGCAUUGUCCGGCAAGUGACUUCAGACGUCCUACUACAGGAAAUGGUGAUCUUUAUCCUCGGAGAACAGAGGGAGCCAGAAACUCUGUCAGAAAUUAGCAGACAUCCUCUAAGACAUAGGUUAAUUGAACAUUGCGAUCACAUAUCUGAUGAGAUCAGCAUAAUGACCCUGAGGAUGUUUGAGCAUCUCCUACAAAAACCCAACGAGCACAUUCUGUACAACUUGGUCCUAAGAAAUCUCGAAGAAAGAAACUAUACAGAAUACAAACCUUUAUGCCCGGAAGACAAGGACAUGGUGGAGAAUGGGCUGAUAGCUGGAGCCGUAGAUCUGGAGGAAGAUCCAUUAUUUACUGACAUUUCACCAGAUAACACUCUGCCAAACCAAGAGUGGAUCUGUUCACCCCGCGCCAGCCCAGACCACCCCAAAAAUGAUGGCAAGACAGAAGUGCAUAAAGUUGUCAACAGUUUCCUCUGCCUAGUGCCAGAUGAAGCAAAGUCUUCCUACCACGUGGAGGGCACCGGCUAUGACACCUACCUCCGAGAUGCUCACAAGCAGUUCCGAGACUACUGUGCUGUCUGCUUACGAUGGGAGUGGCCUGGAGCCCCCAAACCACUGGAGAAGUGUGACUUAGAAGCAGCUUUCUUUGAAGGACAUUUUUUGAAAGUUUUAUUUGACAGAAUGGGAAGAAUUCUUGAUCAGCCAUACGAUGUGAAUCUGCAGGUGACCUCAGUGUUGUCCAAGCUCUCCUUGUUCCCUCAUCCAUACACACACGAGUACCUUCUGGAUCCCUACGUGAACCUGGCCUCUGGCUGUAGGUCUCUCUUCUCUGUGAUUGUCAGGGUUGUUGGUGACCUGAUGGUUCGAAUUCAGCGUAUUCAAGACUUCACCCCCAAGCUUCUCCUGGUCAGAAAGCGACUGCUUGGCUUGGAGCCCGAAGGCCCCAUCGUUGACCAUAUCACACUGCUGGAGGGUGUGAUUGUGUUAGAGGAGUUCUGCAAGGAGCUGGCGGCCAUUGCCUUUGUGAAGUACCACGCAUCUGCCGCGCCAUGAAGAACCCGGGUCACUGGACGUUUCCUCCACUCAGCCACAAGAGGAUAAAACGCCUUGUAAAUGAAGUAUCGAGUCAACUGCACAGUGUUAAGAAUCCACUGCGUGACUGCUCUCAGUGAGGCUUGAUGUUGCUUCCACUCGCUCUGCCAUAAUGAUUCUCUGUAUGAUUGCACGUUGUUCAAACCCAGGAAACAAUCAAGCUUGAGGAGGUCGAGUCUCCAGUGACUGAGAAGCUGCCAAGCUUGCAAUGUCAGGGCUCCGCUGAUAUUUCUGUUCUUUUAACAUCCUUUCAGGCAGCAAAGCAUUUUGACAUUCUCUGGGACUCGAAUGCUUAUAUUCUUUUGUAUUAAUAAGCAGCAAAAAAAAAAAAUCACUAAUUUUUUAACUUUUUAAGGUUAAGAUUCUUAUCAUACAAAAACUUUAGGAAAACUAAAUGAGGAAAAAUGUCGUUGAGGAACCAUCAAAAGAACCUGAAGGAGAAGCUGUGUAUGUACAUGGCGCAUCAACUCUUAAGCUUUUGUAAGAAUAACAAUUUAAUAUGAUAAAGAAAUUCUUAAUAUAUUAUAUAUAUUUUUAAAGAAAUGUUCUUUUACUCUUUUUUGUGCAUACAGCCAUAUUCGUGGUUGAUUUCAUGUGUGGCUCCCAAUUUAUUUAAAGCUGUCAUUUUUGCAACAGCAUUAGAUUUAUGUUCAUUGUUGGUAGUGUUUGCUAAAACAGUAUUUUUUUAAGCUAAUUAACAGAUGUUGAGUUGAGACUCCCUCCAUUUCUUCUCUGAAAUUGCUUUAUGAAAUUGCUUUAUGAUUGACUCUGUAUUGGCGUGUGUGGCGGUGUUAGCGGGACCUGGCUCUGGAGCGGUGGUCGGUGAGCUGAGGUCUCAGUGUUCACUGUUCUCUUCAGUAGUUUCUGUCUUUUGUCUUAAGUGAUUCUAAAGAGAUUUUUUUAAAGUCUCUUCAUGUUCAGUUUACACCUUAAAGAAUUUAAGGAAACAGCCUGCGUGUGUGCAUGCGUGUGUGCAUGCAUGUAUGUGAAUGGCGUGGAUGCAGAGAUGUCUCGCUUAGGCAAGGUGCAGGGUACAGCUGCAGGACACACGGACACCUUGUCCCCUUGUCUGUCUAGUCUUCAGGUGACUGAUGCUGGUCACUCAGCUGUGGUUCUGGAGCUCAUGUCCUCAUCCUUAUCGAAGUGUUAAGUGGGCCCCACUUUCUUCUUCACUGGCCACUAUGAUGGGGGAGACAAUCGGGAGGCAGUCACCAGGUGUACAGUCACAGCCACGGCAUGGCAUGAAACAUGUUUGACACUUUGCUCAGUCAGUUUUGCUAGAGUUUCAGAUUCAUUGUAUCGCUCAGUUUUGCUACUUAGGAACAAAAUACCAGAAGAUGAAGAAUAGCCUCAGUUCCAGAAUGUUCAUCAUUGUUAAAGUAACAAAACUACUCUGCAUUUCUAACACGAUGGGAAUCAUUCUCUGUUCCUUCAAGAUAUCCAUUAAGACAGACAGUAGAGAGCCGGAGCGGGAGGCAGCAGUCCCCUGCAGACUGCGUGGCCUUCCUCCCAUGGCUCUGAGCGCUGAGCAGCGGGUUCCCUUUGUUGUAUUUAUUGAAUAGUUUCUGCAAGAAUCCCUUCAGCUCCUCCAUCGUCAGAUGUGGCUACCGUCUACUUUGAUGGUGGUGAUUUUGAGAUAAGGCAUUGAGAGGUAUCAGGUAUUUCUUAAUGCUCUCGUAGUGUUCUGUGGGUACGAGUGAGGUGAGCUCCUUACCAAAUACUCAUCCUUCGCUUCACGGCUGGACCUCUGGUACCCACACGAUGAGCUCGGUGAAGCUGCUCCUGAGGACGCGCUUGUCCUCAGUGGUCGUAAUGACCCUGCCCUGCAGCCAGCUAAGGUUAGCCCAUUCCUCUUCUAAGUUUAAUGUCUUUUUCAUAUUCAGUUCAGACACAGAGUCAGCACAAGUCACAGAACUGAGUUUGCGUUGAUUUAAAGAAACCAUGAGCCACAUCUAAGGUUUUUCUCACUGUCUCAGAGAUUCCAGGAUUUCCAUAGACUCUGUUGGGUGAAAUGUAGGACCUUAGCCACUGGUCGCCAUGCUGGGUUCCAAACUGAAUUCCAGCCUGCUUCGUGUUUGUGUAAAUAGGAAGUAAGCAUGUACAUUUUGUUUUCACUUUCUAACAAUGUAGUCUUUGGUUUAUUUUCAGUAAUGAGCCAUUUUUCACUUGACAAAAUCAGAUUUGUCUUCGGCAGUCUCUACUGUUGUGCUCACAUAAAUAUGUAAUGUUCUCAUGAUAUACCUGUGCAAUAUGAAGCUGUGAGUGGAUUCAUAGCUUUUCGGCCUAACUGUAUAUUAUUGUGUGUACAUGUGUGUAUAUAAAUGUGUGUGUAUAUGUACAUAUAUAUAUAUCUAUAUCUGUAAAAGGACCAAAAUCCUCAUAGCUUGCUUACACUGUUGCUAGUGUAAAGAUUGUUACAUUUAAUUUUACAGGGCACAAAUUAUAGAAUUACUUCAUACUUUUCAUGGUAAUGUCUCCAUAAAUUAUUACAUAUAUAUAGUUACCAUUUAAUUAUGAAGUUUACUGUGUAACAGAAGUUACGGUGAAAUGCCAAACCCACAAACUAUGGUAAUUUUACAUUUUGGGUUGAACAGUAAAGUAAAAUAUGCAUGUCAUCGUAACACCUAGAUAGUCCUCUUCUGGGCCCUGUAAAACACUCUCACUGAUACUCUGUCGACCUCCUGCCUUGUUUACAUUAAACAGGAUAUUUGGCAUAUUUUUCCACCAGCACCGUGUAGGUCGCUAGCAGUGUUGUGAAGGCCUGGAUUCCCGGGCCACUGACAAGGAAGCUCUUCAGGUGACUGUGUGCUUAUUGUGCCCCCCAGGCAGGUGGAGAUCAGCUUCAGCUUCAGCGCUAACAGUGCAUGCAGGACAAAGAGGGAAAUCGAGAAAAUAAAUCUAUGUAACUUAAACAGAA